AUGUUGAUUUUCAACUUGAGCAGUUACAACCCAGGACUGUUCACUCUGGUGGGUAUCCCAGGCCUGGAACAAUUCCAUGUGUGGAUUGGGAUUCCCUUCUGCAUUGUCUACAUUGUGGCUGUUAUGGGAAACUUCAUCCUUCUUUACCUCAUUGCAGUGGAGCGCAGCCUUCAUUCACCCAUGUUCUUCUUUCUCUCCACGCUGGCCAUGACUGACCUCAUUUUAUCCACAGCUGCUGUGCCUAGAACGCUCAGUAUCUUUUGGCUUGGGGCUCGAGAAAUCACAUUUACAGGGUGUCUUACACAAAUGUUUUUCCUCCACUAUAGCUUUGUUCUGGAUUCAGCCAUUCUGAUGGCCAUGGCAUUUGAUCGCUAUGUGGCCAUCUGUUCUCCCUUGAGAUACACCACAAUUUUGACUCCCAAGACCGUCCUCAAGAUUGCUGUGGGCAUCUCCUUUCGAAGUUUCUGCAUCAUUCUGCCAGUUGUGUUCUUGCUGACACGCUUGCCUUUCUGCAGGACACGCAUCAUACCCCACACGUACUGUGAGCACAUAGGUGUCGCCCGGCUCGCAUGCGCUGAUAUCUCCAUCAACAUCUGGUAUGGCUUUUGUGUUCCCAUCAUGACAGUGAUCUCAGAUGUGAUUCUCAUUGCUAUCUCCUACACUCUCAUCCUCUGUGCCAUCUUUGGUCUGCCUUCGCAAGAUGCCCGCCAGAAGGCCCUUGGCACCUGUGGCUCCCAUGUCUGUGUCAUCCUCAUGUUCUACAUUCCUGCCUUUUUCUCCAUCUUAGCCCAUCGCUUUGGACACAAUGUCUCCCGCACUUUCCACAUCAUGUUUGCCAACCUCUACAUUGUUAUCCCACCUGCACUCAACCCCAUUGUCUAUGGAGUGAAGACCAAGCAAAUCAGAGAUAAGGUCUUACUUUUGUUUUCUAACAAGGGUACAGUGUGA